CGACUGGCAAGCGCGGCGAGCACCCGAGAGCAGCGCGAGCACCAGCAUGGCGGGGCUCCGACGCCCGCAGCCGGGCUGCUACUGCCGCACCGCCGCGGCCGUCAACCUCCUGCUGGGUGUCUUCCAGGUCCUCCUGCCCUGCUGUCGCCCGGGAGGGGCUCAGGGACAAGCCAUUGAGCCCUUACCGAACGUGGUGGAGCUGUGGCAGGCAGAAGAAGGGGAACUCCUGCUGCCCACUCAGGGUGAUUCGGAAGAGGAUGUGGAGGAGCAUUCUGAAGAACAGAGCUUCUCAGACAAACUAUUCAGUGGAAAGGGCUUACGUUUUCAGCCAUCAGUUCUAGAUUUUGGAAUUCAGUUCCUGGGACACCCUGCAGCAAAGAUUCUCUAUGCUUAUAACCCUAGUAGGGAUAGCGAGGUCGUGGUGAAUUCAGUGUUUACAGCUGCUAGACAUUUUCAUGUGCCUCCUGUUCAUUGCAGGGUAAUUCCAGCAAUGGGGAAAACUUCCUUCAGAAUUAUUUUCUUACCUACUGAAGAAGGAAGCAUUGAAAGUUCUUUAUUUAUUAAUACCUCCUCAUAUGGAGUCCUUUCCUAUCAUGUAUCUGGAAUUGGCACUCGCAGAAUCUCUGCAGAAGGGUCUGCAAAGCGGCUACCAAAUGCUUAUUUUCUGCUUCCACAGGUCCAGAGCAUUCAGCUUUCACAGACACAGGCAGAAACCACUAAUACUAGCCUCUUGCAGGUGCAACUGGAAUGCGGUUUACAUAAUAAAGUGUGUCAGCAAUUAAAGAGUUGUUAUCUGGAAUCUGAUGAUGUUUUACGGCUACAAAUGAGCAUAAUUGUAACAAUGGAGAACUCCUCAAAAGAAUUUGAAGAAAACACACAAGAUUUGUUAGAUCAUCUCUCUAUUAUUUAUGUAGCUACAGAUAAAUCUGAGACCUCAGAUGAUUCAGCAGUAAAUAUGUAUAUAUUACAUUCAGGAGACAGCCUGAUAUGGAUACAGGAUGUACAUCAUUUCUCCCAGAGAGAUGCUCUGUCUCUGCAAUUUGAGCCAGUGCUCCUACCUACUUCUACAACAAACUUUACGAAAAUUGCCUCUUUUACUUGCAAAGCUACACCAUGUGACAGUGGCAUGAAAGAAGACACGAAGAAAACAAAAUACACUCCAACACUAAGAGCAUGCCUCUCCUCUCCCGUGGUUCAAGGGUAUUUUAGAAUGGACUCCUCUGCAACCCAGUUUCACAUAGAGACUCGCAAAAACACAUCAGGAGUUUGGUCGAUGUGGUACCUCAACCAUUUUGAUCGUGGUGUUGUGUUAAAUGAUGUGUUUGUUUCCAAGGAGACCAAGCACAUUUUGAAGAUUCUGAAUUUCACUGGCCCUUUAUUUCUACCUCCAGGCUGUUGGAAUAUAUUUUCUUUGAAACUUGCUGUUAAAGACGUUGCCAUAAAUCUAUUCACCCAUGUAUUUUUGAGUACAAACAUAGGUGCUAUUUUUGCAAUACCUCUGCAGAUUUACUCGGCACCGACCAAGGAAGGGAGUCUGGGUUUUGAAGUGAUAGCACAUUGUGGCAUGCAUUAUUUCAUGGGAAAAUCAAAAGCAGAAAAUCCUAAUUGGGAAGGGAGCCUUUCUCUGGAUCGGUCUACCUGGGAUGUGGAUUCCGAACUUGCAAAUAACUUGUAUGAAAGAUGGAAGAAAUUUAAAAAUGGUGACGUCUGCAAGAAGAAUGUUUUAGGAAUGACUCGGUUUGCCCACUUGAAGAAAUCUAAGGAGUCAGAAUCCUUUGUUGUCUUUCUGCCUCGUUUAAUCGCAGAGCCUGGCCUCGUGUUAAACUUCAGCGCAACUGCCCUGAGGAACAGCGUGGUGAAGUACUUUGUGGUGAAGAACCCUUCCUCUCUGCCAGUCUCCUUGCAGCUCCUGCCUAUCGCCUUGUAUCCUAAACCUGAAGCUGCAGUGCACCUGCUCCACAAAUGGUUUGGCACUGACAUGCAGAUGAUUAAUUUCACAACGGGUGAAUUCCAGCUCACCAAAGCUUGUCCCUACCGGAGUAUGCAUUCUGAGGAAUCCAGGUUUGGCAUCCUCCACUUACAUUUGCAGCCUUUGGAAAUGAAAAGGAUCGGUGUGGUUUUCACACCAGCUGACUAUGGAAAAGUUACCUCACUCAUACUAAUCCGGAAUAACUUGACUGUUAUCGACAUGAUUGGCGUGGAAGGAUUUGGAGCCAGAGAGUUACUGAGAGUGGGUGGAAGACUUCCUGGCGCGGGCGGUUCACUCCGAUUCAAGGUGCCCGAGUCCACGUUGAUGGACUGCCGUCGACAACUGAAAGACAGUAAGCAAAUUUUAUCUAUUACAAAGAGCUUUAAAGUUGAGAAUAUCGGACCACUUCCUAUAACUGUGACAUCUCUGAAAAUUAAUGGGUAUAAUUGCCAAGGUUAUGGAUUUGAAGUGCUAGAUUGUCAUCAGUUUUCCCUGGACCCAAACACAGCCCGGGAUAUCAGCAUUGUGUUUACUCCAGACUUUACCUCCUCCUGGGUGAUUCGAGAGCUGACUCUUAUAACUGCAGCAGACCUCGAGUUUCGCUUCACUCUCAAUGUGACGCUCCCGCAUCACCUCUUGCCUUUGUGCGCAGACGUGGUCCCAGGACCCAGCUGGGAGGAGUCAUUUUGGAGGCUCACGGUCUUGUUUGUCAGUUUGUCCCUGCUGGGUGUGAUUUUAAUAGCCUUCCAACAAGCACAGUACAUUCUUAUGGAGUUCGUGAAAACAAGACAGAGGCAAAACGCUAGCUCCUCUUCCCAGCAAAACAGCAGUCCGAUGGAUGUAAUCAGCGCCCAUUCUCACAAAAGCAAUUGCAAGAACUUUCUCGAUACCUAUGGCCCCUCUGACAAAGGCAGAGGGAAAAGCUGCAUUCCGGUAAACACUCCACAGAGCAGGAUCCAGAAUGCUGCCAAGAGGAGCCCAGCUACCUACGGUCAUUCUCAGAAGAAGCACAAGUGCUCACUCUAUUACAAUAAACAGAAAGCCAGCACGUCUGUCGCCAGCAGUGCCAACACUACUACUGAGGAAAAACAGACUUCGAUCCUGGGCAGCUCCCUGUCUGCCCCUAAAGAGGACAUGUGCACUGAUGUUAUGGGGGAGAACUUGAUAAACCUCAAAUAUGCAAGUGGCAUAAAUGUCAACCUGCAGAAGAAUUUAACCCUUCCCAAAAACUUAUUGAAUAAAGAAGCAAACACACUGAAAAACACAGUUGUUGUCAAUAAUACUUCUUCAGAAUGUCACAUGAAGGAGGGACUACAGACAUGUAUGUUUCCUAAGGAAACGGACAUUAAACUUUCAGAAAACAUAGCUGAGCUCAAGGAACAGGAGCUCUGUCCUCUGAAAACCCCUAAGAAGCUACCUGAAAAUAAUUUGCCAAAAAAUUCACCUCAUUUCCAGCCAGACUUGCCAGAAAUUUCCAGGAAAAAUAAUGGGAAUAACCAGCAAGUGCCUGUGAAGAAUGAAGUACACAAUUGUGAAACUUUAAAAAAGGUUGAUACAAAGUCUUCUUCAGAAAAGAAGAUUCACAAAGCAUCUAAAGAAGACAUAUGUCCUGAGAAACAGGACAUACCAUCAGUCGAGCAAGAAGAUGCUUAUAGAAAGAAGAAGCUUCAGGAGAAAAAAGAAGGAAAUUUACAAAAUUUAAAUUGGAAUAAAAAUCGAACAUGUAGAAAAAACAAGAAAAGGGGUGUUGCUCAGGUCUUAAGGCCUUCUGAACAGAGUGAAUUAAAGCUUGUGUGCAGUGAAUUUGAAAGGUCUGAGCUGAGCAGUGACAUGGAUGUUAGAAACUGGUGUAUACAGGAAAACCCUGGGGAAAUGUGUAAAACAGACGCUGGCAUUGGAAGCAGCUUACCUGCUGCACAGGGAGAGGCAGAGGGUUACUACCAGAAGCCGGGGAAGAAGUGUGUGGAGAAGUCAUGCUCAGACUCCAGCUCGGACUGUGGCAGCUCCUCGGGCAGCGUGCGGGCCAGCCGGGGCAGCUGGGGCAGCUGGAGCAGCACCAGCUCCGACGGGGACAAGAAGCCCGUGGCAGGCGCUCCGCACUUUCUGCCAGCCGGAGACAAUGUUUCGCAAAAUGCCUUUCCUUCAGAAACUCCCAUCUCUUUGAACCUUUCGCAUAACAUCUGCAAUCCCACAGUCGUGAAUAACCUCCCACAAUAUGCAGAACCUCCCUGUCCCAGCCUUCCCGCCGGGCCUGCUGUGGAAGAAGAUAAAGGUCUUUACCCAUCUGGAGACCUGUGGCCCACCCAGCCGGUGUGUGUGACAAGCAGCUUCAACUGCGCUCUGGAGAACAGCGUGCCUGGCGUUAUGCAGGGGCCAGCCCCGGUUCAUAACAGCAGUUUCAUUGAUUGGAGUGCAGCUUGCGAAGGCCGGUUUCCCAGUGUGUACUGUCCAUUGGAGUUGAACGAUUACAGUGCCUUUCCGGAAGAAAACAUGAAUUACCACAAUGGCUUCCCCUGUCCUGCAGGGGUACCGACAGACUUCAUUGAUCACAACCCUCAGUCUACCUGGAACACCCCACCCAACAUGCCGACUGCCUGGGGACAUGCCGGUCUCAUCAGCUCUCCGCCCUACCUCACAAGCACUCGAAGCUUGUCUCCGAUGUCUGGACUUUUUGGUUCCAUCUGGGCACCACAAAGCGACGUGUAUGAAAAUUGCUGCCCCAUCAACCCCACCACGGAACAUUCGACACACAUCGAGAACCAGGCGGUCAUGUGCAAGGAAUACUACCCAGGGUUUAACCCGUUUCGUGCCUAUAUGGACCUGGACAUAUGGACUAACACAGCAAACAGGAGUGCCAAUUUCCAGCUGUCUAGAGACUCGAGUUACUGUGGGAACGUGUGAAAAGAAUUUGAUUUUUAAACAAUGUGAAUAAAGAGGCUUGUGUUUCGAUUACUAGCGUAAACUGGUUGUUGAGAUAGAUGACGACAUUGGUGGAUAUUUUGGCACUUUUAUAUGAAAAUAAAUUUUUUUUAAUGAAA